AUUCGACCGAAAACAAAAUAUAGUGUUCUUCCGUAUAAUAUCGAUAAUCCACCAGAAGCAGACUGGUUACUUUUCGAUGUAAAAGUAGAAUGCUACUGUGACACUUUUGAAAAGGCACGGAAAAAAGCAGAAGAUGCUAAUUACGCAACUUCUUGUGAUGAAACCAGAGGACGUGGGAAAAGAGUCGUACACGAAAAACAGUUCGAUGAUACAUAUGAGAUUUGCGAUGACAGUGCGGAUGACGAUUGCGAUUCACCUCCGCAGUUAUGUAGGACUGCACACAAGAAGUUAAAAAUAGAUAAAGAUCGAGAUUCAUCCGGAAAAAAAUCUUUGUGUAAUAAACAAUUCUCGCAUGAAAAGCAGUCCUCGUGUGAAAAAGUCUCACAAAUUGCCGCCGAAAAAAGCUUCUCUACGCCAAAUCGUUCAUUGUACGAUACUACAUCACAAACACGAAAAGUUGAUUCAUUACAAGCGGAUGAGCUUAAUAAUGAUAUUAAUGAACCAUUGGCAUAUGAACUCAAGGAAAUUAAUGUACAAAAUCUAGAUUUUAUUCCAAUUUCCCAAUUAGCUACAAUUGGCAACAUUGAUGAAAAGCUGAUUCCAAUUUGUGUGGAAAUAUUAAAGUAUGUAAAAAGCAUUGACAAAAGGCUGAAAACUUUGGGAAGAGACAUUAUUAAUACGGAAGAGCUUAAUAUGAAUAUAUUUGAUGACAUACUUCCGAUCAAUUCUAUACAGAACCUUAAAAAGUUUGAGGAAAAUGUUGAAACAAAAACGAAUUUUGUCGAAUUUAUGAACAAAAUUGGAGGAAAAGGCGGCAAAAAUUUGGUGCAACGGUGUAUGAGCCGUUUAUUUACAAAUGAAUUCGGCAUAUCUUGUUCUUGGUGUGGUCGCGGAAAUAAUUAUCGCAUGUGCAAUUUGAAAUGCAUCCGCAUCCUAAAAGAUGAGCUAUUUUAACAUGUUGCAUAUUUUUAUUCUUUGCCUAAAUUGGUAAGGAUUUUAGUAGAUAGUGGGCACUAUGGGGCGUCAAAACAAACCCCCACUCCUCAGCCACUGGCGCCGACCCCCUGCUGUGACUGUCUGGGGCCCUCCCCCCUAAAGGUGUCUGUGGAAAAAAAGAGUGGAGGGGACUCGUGGACGUCUACGAGACAAUUUUCCCUUUAAAUUUUUCCUUUUAAAUUUUCUAAAUUUUAAAAAAAUUUUUUACCCUUUAAAUUUUUCCUUUAAAAUUUUUUUAUUUGUUUAUUUUUUCCGGUCGCGUGAACAUGCUUGGGCUCGAACCUGGGUCCUCCACCUCUCCAAACAGGGUCCUAGUAUGCUGGGCUAGCUGAAAACUUAUUAGAAUAGAAGUUAAACGUAGUAUUCGUGGAGAGUAGUCCGCCGAUAAGAUAGGGGUCCUGACGGUCCGAUUGGUUCUCCCCAUAGUGCCCAGUCCUCCGAUUGGUUCCGUCGGUUCCGUCGAUUU